AUCAUAAAAUACCUUUCAGUCCUAAAGAUCUUGAUCGUUCUGCCAAGUUACAAUAUAUAAUUGGCGCUUUAACUCAACAGUUCUUUGGGAAUCAAAAAAUUCUUGCAUUCACUGAAAGGAGUCUUGCUAAA